ACUGCCCACACAGAUACCGGAAAAGUGGUCAACAAACGUUGCGAGUGCUCACAUCACUUUGCCUUUUGCCAGCAUGGGAGCCGACCUGAGCAAGCCCCACGUGGAGAACCCCGUACAGCCCGCAGCCGCGCCCGAGCCCGCAGUCGCGCUCGAGCCCGAGCCCAAGCACGAGCCCAAGCCGGUCGUCGACGCGAACGAAGCAUACAUCCAUAAGCUCGAGCGCGAGCUGAAGGAAAAAAAGGCCGAGCUCGAGAAGGAGAAGCGCGACCGGGCCGCCGAGGUCGAAGCGCUCACACGCCUGCACGAGACCGAGCUCGAGCUCUACGCUGCCCAAGUCACAAAAGCCCGGUGCUUGGACGAAGCGGCAGCUGCCAGCGCUGACGUGCAGCGCCUCGCCGAAGAGCGCGCACUGCACCUUAUGCAGCAGCGACUCAACUCGGUCAUGGAAGUCGACGACGCCACCUUCGAGUACAUCACGGGUCCUCUCGGCUUCGACAAGCGCGACUUCCCGUUCGCGUCGCUCAAGCCUGGCCGGCUCCCAGACGGCACGCUCGUGCUGCGCAUCCAGCUCGAGGAGAGCUUCAAAGGCAACCAAGAAGUCGUCCUGCGCUUCAAGAAGACCCUAGCCAUCAUGCAAGCGCUCAACGGCGGCGACGGCACGCUCCUCCGGCUCAUCGGUGCCAGCAACCUCGACUCGGACGACCCGAUCGCGUACGUCGAGUACGUCACGGGCAUGACCCUCAGCGCGUACCUCAUGGACAAGCAAGACGCGACGUGGUCUGAGAAGCUGCACAUUGCAGUCCAAAUCGCAAAAGCGUUGACGCACAUCCACAACCUCGCCGUCAUGCACCGCGAUCUCUCGUGGUCCCGCGUCUACGUGGAUGCAAAAGGCAACGUCAAGGUCUUCGCCGGCCUCAAGAUGCGCCAGGUCCAGGCGUACGAGACGUACCUCACCUCUGGCGUCUCGGAAGCUCGAUGGGGCGCCCCCGAGACACUGCCAAAGCCUCAAGGCGGUGAGAACGGCGAGCCGGACAGCAGCGACAGCGCCACGACGUACACGGACAAGAUCGACAUCUUCGGCCUCGGUCUCAUCCUCAUCUCGCUCGUCACCCGUGACCUCCCGUUCACGUACGUGUUGAAGACCUCUGGGCGGCCGACCUCCAUCGACGACAACCUUGUCGCGGCUAAGCUUGCGAAGCGCGAGACGGCGAUCCCGAUGCUGACGCAGUCGUUCGACGUCGACUACGCAUGUCCGUCCGAAGAGUACAAGGAGCUCGCGUUGGAGUGCAUCCGGUACGACGCCGAACGUCGGCCGACGGCGCCUCAGGUCGUCCGCCGGCUCGAGAUCAUCCGCCAAGCGUACGGCGGCUUCAAGACGCCCGACCACGCCAAGGUCGACCUCACGAUCGCAGUCCUCAAGACGUCUGGGUUGCCGAACCCAAAGAUGUUUGGUUCUCCGUACGAUAUGUGGUGCGAACUCCGCAUCAACGACGAGAACCGCGACCGGAUUCAGCUCAACCCUGUCACGGGCAACGUCACGCAUCUUUUCAACCAGUAUGCGACGCUGCACGACAUUGAGCCACUCACGCACACGGUCGAGAUUCACUUCAUGACGACGAUCAUGUUCAAGACCAAGACGCUCUGGACGGUCUCGAUCCCGCUCAUGGAGCUCGUCACGCUCGAAGACAACGAGUCGUCGUUGACGGCGGUGCGAAAGAAGACGCGCACGAUCCAUCACGACGGCAACGACGCCGGUGUCGUGGUGAUCGCGGUGCAAUUCGGCGAGCGCAUCCGCGGGUACCUCGAGCUCUACGAGCGGCAGGCGACCGAGUACUUGCGCAACACCGAAGACGGGCCGUCGACGCUCGAUCUCCGCAAGAAGCGCGACGUGGCCGCCGCAGCGUUGUUGUGCCGUGCGCCCUAAGCGGCGUUGAUUUUGAUAGUUGUAUCAAGUUGAUAGUAUAAAAGUGUUUGCCUUGCC